AACCUUGUGGAAAAACAAAAUUGCACAAAACGCCAAACUCUUCCUUCCUAGCGAGUUACCUCUAUCAACAUUUCCAUGGCUUGUUUAAUUCCUCAUCUUUUUCUCUUUCUGCCUUCAAUAAUCUAUGCUCAAAGUGAUAGCAUGUUAUACAUUGGCAGCUCUCUCAUAGCUGGUGAUCCUUCUUUUUCUCCAUGGAGAUCUCCUUCUGAUGAAUUUGCAUUUGGAUUUAAACAAGUUGAAGGUGAUCUCUUCUUGCUUUCUAUUUGGUACAACAAACUAGAUGAAAAAUCCAUUGCUUGGUAUGCUAUACAUGAUCAAAAUCCAGCCCCAAGAGGUUCAAAAUUGGAAGUAACUGCUUCAAGUGGCUUAUUGCUUCAAAGUUCUCAAGGUGGAGAACCAUGGAAACCAAGUCCAAUUUCAGGUGUGGUCGCAUUUGGUAAGAUUAAUGACGAUGGCAAUUUGGUGCUUCUAGAUUCAAAUUCUACUACCUUAUGGGAGAGUUUCAAACAACCUGCAAACAUUUUACUUCCUACUCAAAAAAUCGAGGUAAACAGCUUACUUUCUUCGCGUAAAUCACAAAAUAGUUACGCGUUAGGAAAGUUCCAACUCCGGUUGUCGGAAGGUAAUCUUGUGCUCAAUAUCAUAAGUUUGCCCAGCACCUAUACUUACGAACCUUACCAUGUUAUACAAGCCUAUGAAGGUAACCAAAUUGUGUUCGACAAAGAUGGUUUCUUGUAUAUAAUGCAAAGAAAUGGAAAGAGAGUAAAUAUUAGUGAACCCGAAAGCGCUUACCCGACUAAUGCUCAUUAUUACCAAGUCACUCUCAAUUUUGAUGGUGUGAUCACUGUAAGUCACCAUACAAGGAAUCCCUCAGCUUUUAAUGCAACAUGGAUGCACUUUAAGAAGAUACCACAUAAUAUAUGUGUUACUAUGCGCGGAAACUAUAGUUCGGGAGUUUGUGGAUACAAUAGCAUCUGCAUAUUAAACAAUGAUCAAAGGCCAAGUUGCAAGUGCCCACCUGGUUAUUCAUUAAUUGAUUCGAACAAUAAGUACAGCGACUGCAAGCCAAAUAUCCAGCCAAUAUGUGAAGGUGGUGAGAACAAUUUAACCAACAAUCUAUAUAGUCUACGAGUUCUUCCAAAUACUAAUUGGCCAACACAAGAUUACGAGUUAUUCUGGCCUUUUACAGUUGAAGAGUGCAAGAAUGCUUGCUUGCUUGAUUGCUUCUGUGUGGUGGCAGUAUAUAGAGACAAUAGUUGUUGGAAGAAGAAGCUACCACUCUCUAAUGGGAGAGAAGAUAAAAAUGAAACAUCUGUUUCUUAUUUAAAACUUAGUACAAGUUCCUUUGGGCAAGGCUUUGAUCUUCCAAUACCGAAAGGAAAGAAGAAACCGAACACGUUAGUUCUGGUGCUUUCCACGUUGCUUGGUAGCUUUGCGUUGAUUGUUCUCAUAUUGGUUAGUCUGAUAUGUCGGGGUUACACCUUCAACCACAAAGAGAAACUUACGGGUGAUUUCCAUCCAAGAGAAAGCUUUGGAAGUAGCAUGCGGAAGUUUGCAUUCAAAGAAAUUAGUGAAGCUACAAACCAGUUCGAAGAAGAACUAGGAAGAGGAUCUUGUGGCAUUGUUUACAAAGGAACGAUGGAAGUCGGCCCUAUUGCUGUUAAGAAAUUUAACAUGACUGAAGAUGGUGAGAAAGAAUUCAAAUCUGAAAUUAAUGUGGUUAGUCAGACACAUCAUAAAAACAUUAUCCGUCUAUUCGGAUACUGUGAUGAAAAUAAAACCUACAUUUUGAUUUACGAGUUUAUGAGCAAUGACAACCUAGCAAGAUUUCUUUUCAGUGAUACGAAGCUCAGUUGGGACAUCAGAACCAAAAUAACCUAUGGAAUUGCAAGAGGACUCUCGUACUUACACGACGAAUGCAACACCCAAAUCAUACAUUGCGAUAUAAAACCCCAAAAUGUACUUCUUGAUGAAUACUACAAUCCCAAGAUUUCCGAUUUCGGAUUGGCAAAGCUACUGAAAAUGGAUCAAAGUAGAAACAGAAUCGAAACCAACAUCAAAGGAACGACAGGGUAUAUCGCUCCAGAUUGGUUCAAGUCGACCCGCGUGACUACCAAGGUGGAUGUGUAUAGUUUUGGUGUCCUGCUGCUAGAAAUCAUAUGUUGUAGAAGUAACGGAGAAGAUGUGGAAGUUUCUGAAGAAGGAAGGGAAAUAUUGGUGGAUUGGGCCUAUGAUUGCUUACAACAAGGAAGAUUAAAUGUUUUAGUUGAAGGAGAUAUGGAGGCCAUUGAUGACAAGGAGAGGUUGGAAAGGUUUGUGAAAGUUGCAAUUUGGUGCAUUCAAGAGGAUCCAUCUCAAAGACCCACAAUGAAAGAGGUAAUGUAUAUGCUGGAAGAAGUAGUUCCUGUUUCUUCUCCUCCUAGUCCUUACCCAUUCAACUCAAUUUGUUCACAAGUUUCUUCUAUGUGAGUAUUUGUACACAACUUCCUUUGUUCAUGGUAAAUCAGUAUGCUUACAGGAUAAGAGUGGGAGUUGGAUGAGAUCUGUAGAUCUUUGGAACUAUUUUAAUCAAAUUUAUUUAUGAGGUUUGGUUGAUUAAAA